UUCGCGUGUAUAUAAUCAGGAAGACGGCGCCGCUUGUCCUGGAAAACAGAAAAGUGCAUUACGGUCCUGUCUACAGUACCUCAUCUCGCCUCGCAAUCAUGGUUGCCCUCACCUACCUUGCUGUCGCCGCGGCGGCCAUUUCUGGGGCCUUCGCUGCCCCUGCUGCCAACGCCGACCUUCCCGACUUUGAGUUCGGUCCCCAUGAGCUGGCCCGCCGCCAGGACUACAACCAGAACUACAAGACCGGCGGCAACGUCAACUUCUCGCCGACCUCGAACGGUUACUCGGUCAACUUCUCCGGCGCCGGUGACUUUGUCGUGGGCAAGGGUUGGAGAACGGGAUCUGCUAGAAACAUCACCUUCUCGGGCAGCACCACGCGCAGCUCCGGCACGGUCCUCGUCUCGGUCUACGGCUGGACGCGCAACCCGCUGGUGGAGUACUACGUGCAGGAGUGGACGUCGGACGGCAAGGGGUCGGCGCAGGGCCAGAAGGUCGGCACCUUCCAGAGCGAUGGCGGCACGUACGAGAUCUGGAAGCACCAGCAGGUCAACCAGCCGUCCAUCCAGGGCACGUCGACCUUCUGGCAGUACAUCUCCAACCGCGUCGACAAGCGGCCCGGCGGCGGCACCGUCACGCUGGCCAACCACUUCGCCGCCUGGAAGAGGGCCGGCCUGAACCUCGGCACCCACGACUACCAGGUGCUGGCUACCGAGGGCUGGGGCAAUGCCGGCGGUAACUCCAAGUAUACCAUCCGUGCGUAGAAACUGCUGGAAGGAAAAGAGAUGUGGGAGAUACUAGUAUACUUAU